AUGGAAUUGCCAUCAGAGAAAAGGAUCGUCAUCACGGUAGAGGACAUGAACACUGAAGAACUGUACGACAUCCUUCACAUUUUUGAUGGCUCUUGGGAAGGUAGUCCUACCUUGGCAAGAUUGUCUGGUGUUCAUCAUAAUCGUUCGUUCCUGUCGCAUUCGAACGUUGUGAUGGCAGAGUUCUCAAGUGACGGAGGCACAAAUAGCACGGGAUUCAAAGCUCUGGCUGAGAUUGCAGCAGGAGACUCUCUGAUUUUCUACGAAGGUGACACUGCUAGCAGCCAAAUACUACAAAAGUGAGU